CAAUCCAUCCAAUUUUAGGCCCCAUAUGCUUCCAAAAGCCAUUCAAAACCCUGCAGACUACUUCACCAUAUUAUGUCAUUCCCUCCUUUUCUCCUCUCCUGCUCACUUUUUCCAGUCCCAAUGCAAUAAUCCACCAUAAUUAAUCAAGUGAGGCCACAAAUUGACCUAACCUUUCUUCCAUUUUCUAUCCAUCUUUGUUCAUUCACAACAACAAUAAACCCAUUUCAUUUAUUGGAUUCACCCCCUCAAAUCUUGAAAUAACCCCAUGAAGAUUCUUCAUUUCUACCCCUUCUUGUUCUUGUUCAUGUUGUUCAUCUGUUCAUCUGCUGCUGAUCCUUUCACAGAAGCACUAAUAAGCUUGAAAUCAGAGCUUAUUGACCCAUCUAAUGCUUUAAACAACUGGGUUCUCCCUAAAGACCAAAACCCAUCUCAAAAAAUCCAAUCUUGUUCAUGGGUUGGUGUCAAAUGUAACCAAAACUCAACAAAAAUCACAUCUUUAGACCUUUCUUUAAAGAAUCUUGGUGGGUUUUUAUCAGGGAGUCAACUCUAUCAAUUUGUUGACUUAAUUGUUCUCAACAUAAGUCACAACUCAUUCUCUGGAUCACUCCCUGUUGGGAUCUUUAAUCUUACAAACUUGAACACUUUGGAUAUUAGUAGAAACAAUUUUUCUGGUGUGUUUCCUUAUGGGAUUUCAAAGCUUCAAAAGUUAAUAGUUCUUGAUGCUUUUAGCAACAGCUUUUCUGGUUCACUCCCACCAGAUGUUUGUGAAAUUGCCUCAGUGAAAGUUGUCAACUUUGCUGGAAGUUAUUUCAGUGGGCCCAUUCCAAAUUCAUAUGGGUUAUGCAAGAAUCUUGAUUUUAUUCAUCUUGCUGGUAAUUUGUUAAGUGGGUAUUUACCUAUUGAAUUUGGUCAGUUAAAAACUGUCACUCAUAUGGAGAUUGGUUACAAUUCUUAUCAAGGAACAAUCCCAUGGCAAUUUGGUAAUAUGAGUGAGCUUAGAUAUCUUGAUAUUGCUGGUGCUAAUCUAUCAGGAACAAUCCCAAAAGAGUUAGGUAACUUAGUUAAUCUUGACACACUAUUUCUGUUCAAAAACUCUCUUUCCGGAAUGAUCCCGAACGAAUUCGGUAACAUUUCCACGCUUUCGAGCUUAGAUCUUUCGGAUAACUUGCUUUCGGGUCCAAUUCCCGACAGUUUUUCGAACUUGAAAAGCUUAAAACUGUUAAGUGUUAUGUAUAACGACAUGAAUGGUUCUGUUCCUGAAGGGAUAGCUAAGCUUCCUAAUCUUGAAUCACUUCUUAUUUGGGAUAACUUCUUUAGUGGCACACUGCCACAAGAAUUGGGUAUGCAUUCUAAACUCAAAUGGGUUGAUGUUUCAACAAAUGAUUUUGUGGGUGUGAUUCCGCCAGGUAUUUGUUCAGGGGGGGAGUUGAGUAGGUUAAUGCUGUUUUCGAAUUGGUUUUCGGGUGGGCUUUCGUCUAUCUCGAAUUGUUCCUCGCUUGUUCGAAUACGACUUGAAGAUAAUUUGUUUUCGGGUGAUAUUGAUUUGGAUUUUAGGAUUCUUAGUGAUGUUUCUUAUGUUGAUUUAUCUGGAAAUAGGUUUACUGGUGGGAUUCCUUAUGAUAUAUUUCAUGCUUUAAGUCUUGAGCAUUUUAGCGUGUCGAAUAAUACGAAUCUUGGAGGGAUACUUCCCGAAAAAGCAUGGUCGUUGCCGGUUCUUCGCAAUUUUUCGGCCUCAUCGUGCAAUAUUUCUGGGAAUUUCCCUGAGUUUCCGUUCUGUAAGUCGUUAUCGUUUAUCGAUUUGAACCGGAAUCACUUAUCGGGAGGUAUCCCGGAAAGCAUUUCGGUUUGUGAGAAUCUCGAAACGUUAAAUUUCGCUGAAAAUAAUUUAUCCGGUGAGAUACCAGUGAAGUUAGGAAGCUUGAUGAAGUUGAAGUUUCUUAAUCUGUCGUAUAACGAUCUUUCGGGUUCGAUCCCGAACGGAAACACGUUUAAAACGAUGGAUAGUAGUUCGUUUCUCGGAAAUCCUAAUCUUUGCGGUGCACCACUCGCGAGAAUAUGCCGUCACGCGAACGGAAUAUCUGAGGGAAUGGAAUUGGGAAGUAGAAGGAAUCACAAGGUUGGUUGGGUGCUUGUACUCUGCGCUAUAGUGGUUGUACUCUCGGCACUUCUUUUCGGUAUCUUUUACUACCGGAGACAAAGUGUUAACCGCCACUGGAAUAUGGUGUCGUUUGGCGGUUUACCCGAACUCACAGCCGCAGAUGUUUUAAAAAGUUUCAACUCCAUUGAUACCGUGGAAACGUUGUAUUCGUCAAAUUCGGUUUGCAAAGCCGUUUUGUUGUCUGGGAUGACGGUAAUUGUGAGAAAGAUCGAAUGGGGGGCAAAAGGUUCGAAUCUUUUGAUUGAUUUCGUAAACCAAAUAGGGAAUCUAAGACAUAAGAAUUUGGUUCGGUUGUUGGGGUUUUGUUAUAAUAAGAAUCUUGGUUAUUUGCUGUAUGAAUAUUUACCAAACGGUAAUCUUGACGACAAGAUUGCAAUUAAAAGAGAUUGGGGUUCGAAACAUAGGCUUGUGAUCGGCAUUGCUAAAGGGUUGUGUUAUCUUCACCAUGAUCGUCGUCCAGCUAUUCCUCAUGGAGAUUUGAAGGCGAGUAACAUAGUUUUCGAUGAAAAUAUGGAGCCCUGUUUGGCAGAAUUCGGGUUUAAAACAAUAUCUGCAAUGGAAACAGGUGAAUACAAGGGUCUCAUGGAUCAUGACCUGAAAGAUGAUGUAUUCGGCUUCGGGGAGGUUGUUUUGGAGAUUUUGACUAACGGAAGACGAAAAAAUGGCGGAAUAAGCAUUCACAAAACACCAAAAGAUGUUUUAUUGAAGGAAAUUUAUAAUGAUAAUGAAGUGUCUGCUUCUUGUUCAUCAUCUUCAUCUUCAAAGUCCAUUCAAGAAGAGAUAAAAUUGGUUGUUGAAGUUGUUCUUGCUUGCACAACAAGCAAGCAGUCUGAUAGACCAUCAAUGGAAGAUGUUUUGAAGAUUCUUUCAGGGUUGAAACCCUUAAAGAAAUGAGAAAGUUUGAUGUGAUUUUUUUGCAUGUUUUAAUUCAAGUAGUUUAGUUUAUAAAAGGAAUGUUGAUAUAUGGUUUGUAAAAUAGCUUUAUUUGCUUGUUUUAGAAUGUUGUGUUGAGAAUAUGUGAUGCUAGAUGCAAUAUUGAAGCUUCUAAUGAUGUUGUAAAACAUGUAAUUAAAGCUUGUAUAUCUUUUUCUGCAAUAUUUGCUCUUUGUUUAA